GCUGCGGAGCCAGAUCAGAGUUGAGCGUCGCGGAGCGCGGUCGUGUCCUGUAGUUGACGUUGAAAGUUGCACCCGCAACGCCUGACAGUUGUAACCGCGAUACCUCUCACACCAGCAACCCCUGUUGCACCCGCGAUACCUGUUGCACCCGGUAUACCUGCACCAUGGAGUCGCUAAAGCCACACCGCUACCUGGAGCUGCGGCCGGGCACGCUGGAGGCGGUGCGCGAAGACGUCGGCCUGCACAGGCCCGGCGAGAUGAAGGAGGCCGUCAGGAUCCUGGACGAGUGGGUGCAGCAGCAGAAGCACUUCGUCAAGAAGGACUUCCCUCCGGAGUAUCUGGAGGCGACGAUCGUGAUGAGCAAGGGGUCGCUGGAGCGCGCCAAGCUGCUGCUGGACAAGAUGUGCACCAUCCGCACCCUCAUGCCCAAGUACUUCGGCAUCUUCGACUUUAAGAAGGACUUCGAGAUGCUCAGGGGGAAAAGCUACCUGCUGGCGCUGCCGCGUCAGACGCCGGAGCACUGGCGCAUGUUCGUGGGCAAGUUCACCGGCAAGUACGGCGACCCGGCGCUCAUGGACUGCGUCUAUCGGUUCAUCUACUCCUCGAUCGACUACCUCAAGCUGCACGACUACAACUCGGGCGUGGUGCUCAUCUACGACAUUAGCGGCACCGACCUCAAGGACGCCGUCGCCAACGUCAACCUCAUGGAGCUGCGCAACUGCUACCUCACGCUGCUGGAGAGCUACGGCGUCCGGCUGAAGCGAGUGCACCUGAUCACGGCGUCGAAGGUGGUGGACACGCUCAUCUCGUUCUUCAAGCAGUUCCUCAAGAAGAAGAUCAUGGACCGCAUCGUGCUCCACCGCAGCACCGACGAGCUGCUCCAGCACUACGACGCCGCGAUGCUGCCCAAGGACUACGGCGGCACGGAGCGCUCGCUCGAUGAGCUGCAGGACGAGUGCAUGGAAUUGUUGUCGACUCCGGAGUACCGCGACUACCUCAAGUCGAUGUCCGAAGCGCGCGUGGACGAGACGGCGCGCCCCGCCGCCGACUUCAACGACCUCUACGCCGGCGCGUACGGCACCUUCCGCACGCUCACCCUCGACUGAACAACCCCCAGCCCCCUCGUCCUUCACGAGCGUUACACGCGACAUGCUUGAUACGCUACAACGUGCGUAACACGCUAUACCACCAUGCGGAAUACGCUUCAACACAAUCCGUAUCACGCUACAACAUGCGUGUCAUGUUACAACAAAUGCAUGACACGCUAUAACACCAUGCAUGACAUGCUAUAAGUUAUAACACAUGACAUGCUAUAAACGUGGUCCGUGGCACGCUCAGCGCCUUGAGAGGUCGUCCAUUAUAUUUACAUUUCACAGCACGCAAAAAAUCGUUACUUUGGACAUCAUAGAGCCAUGUUAAACUGAACGUUUUCUACCUUGAUCCCUCCCGCUAACUCUUUGAUGUAUAUGGGAUUACCUCGAUGCGAUACAGCCAGCAAAUAGCGAUAUCGUGAAAUAGUUUGUAAGCGUACCUACUCAGGUUGAAAUUAGGACUUGUGUAUAUUUUAAAGUAUUUAAAUUUUGUUAAUUUCCAUUCCAGUUCAGUUUCCAGUAUUUUUUCUUUUGAG